UCUGGGAGAUAACAGACUAGAGAGCGAAUCAACCAAGACUACGACAAAAAGAAAAAUGUUCGGCCGACAAUUCGACGGUAAAAAGCACCGGAAAUCACAAAAUGAGUUGCGAGCGUUUUACCAAAUCGUUCCAAAGGGCUAUUUCGACAGCAUCGACUCCGAAUUUGGUCGCGUUGCAGAUAUAAUAGAACGCGUAGCCUUGAAGGAAAGUCAUGUGUCCGAUUACAACAAAUUCCAGGUGAAUGUCGACGUGCAGCACUUUAAGCCGGAAGAAAUCUCCGUGAAAGUUCUGGAUGGAUACAUUAUUAUUGAAUGUAAACAUAACGAAAGAGAGGACGCCCACGGCUUUGUAUCCAGGCAUUUCUUGAGAAAGUAUCCGCUGCCGGCAGGUUGUCUACCCGACACUGUGGAGUCCAGUCUUUCCAGCGAUGGCGUGUUGACGGUGACAGCGCCAAGAAUUCUAGCAAUGCCUUCCUCGGGUGAACGGAUUGUGGUCGUAGUCAAGACGGGACCGGUUCGGAAGAAAGAUGGACCAUUCUGGAUGUAAAUUAUAUUUUAGUAUUGCCCCUUCUACUAUUUUAUACUGCAUACAUAAAUUGUUUUUUUUUUUCAAAACUACACUGUUAUAAAAUCUGCUAAAGUUUUUACCUUGUAAUAGUUUAGUAAACUUUUUUUUAUUGUUAAAGACUGAACUGUACUUUACUUCCUGCCUAAGUUAGUUUUAAGAAAUAGGUAGGUUUUUUUUUCGAUAUAUUUUAAUUAAGAAUUUAUAUUAAGUGUAAUAUAAUAUGUAAAAUAUGAUGUAUGUAAAUUGGUAGGUAGGGAUGACCUACCUACAAUAAAUAUUUAAAUUUCAAAA